AUCAGCAAAAAACUGGAAUACAGGAAUAUGAAGAAAGAGCAUGUCCAAAGUUAUUUAUCUUUUGUUAAGGAAAAACCGAAGCACCCUUAUGAUUUUCAUAUUUUUCUUGCUAUUAAAAGUCAAAUAAAUCUGAACAAAAAGUAUGAGACAAUAGUUUUAGAAAUUUCUUUGUUCUUUUCAAGGGAAGUUCAAGACGUAGAAAAGAAUGAAAAGAAAGAGGAAAGUAUUAAACAUAUAAAUAAUACUCGAUAUAUUGAUUCAUAUUGUCUUAUUUUUAUGGGAACCCUCCUUAAUAAGUUUGGUGCGGAUCUUAAAGUUUUUAAGCAAUAUUUAUAUGAAGCAAAGAAAGAACAUAAAUAUGUUCAAUACGGAUUGCAUGUAGUAGACUGUGCGCGCGCGUUGGGUUUGAAUGAUCUUAUUCAAAAAGACGUUUAUGACCAUAUGCUGGAACAUCAAGCUAAGCAUAACAUACAUAAAUUGCAAUUUGAACAGAAUGUGAACGAAAUUGUAAAAAUUCUUAGCAGAGAGAUUUGGAAUUUAAAUUUAAAACCAAAUGAUUUAAUUCUUUCGGGGAUCCUAGAUACUGAAGAAAUUAGAGAAAGAAAUCCUGAAUUUUUGCGUAUGUUGCAUGAUGAAAAUAUGUCAAAUAUUUUUGAAGAAAUGAUUCCAAGAUUAUCAUUGCCGGGAAAACUAUCAAGUUUUAUUAGGAAGUACCUUAGUGGAAAAGAGAUGAGAAUCCCCGAUAAAUAUAGAUCCUUAUAUACUUCAACAAGAACCUUUAUUGAUUCAAUUCGUAGUAUAUGGAAAAAAAGGGAAUAUCAAAACAACUCACCAAGAAUCAAUGAAUCUACCUGGUCACAUUGUGCAAUUGAUGCAAUAAUGAAGUUUAUUGAGGCUGAUAUGGAGGAGGUUCUUUUUAUUCGAUGGGAUCAUGCUGUAAGUCAUACAUCUGCCAAUAGAAAUAAUGCUGAUGGCGAUGGGCCUAUCAAGAAAGCUGAUGUAUUUGGCACUUACUACUGCGAAAAUUUACGAUAUAAUGUUGAACUAUUUUUCGGAGAAAUUUCUGGGCCUCCUUUUUAUUUGAAUAGUUCUGGAAAAUCUCAUGCCAUUGAAAACCAAAUCAAGUUGGGAAAAUGUGGAAAAGACUCACUUGAAGACUUUCGUAGAUAUUGCAGAAAAACCAAGGAACUUGUUGAGUUUAAAAACAUUAAUGUUUUUUUGAUGCACGCUCAUGAAACAAUUAUUAAAUUUUCAAUUAUGGAUCAAAAAUUGUAUCCAUUAUUUCAAAUAAGAACUUUGGAGAAAGUCGCAUUUCCUUACAAAUGUAAUUCAACAUUUGCACAGAAAUUUUACAGGAUAGAUAAAGACAGUGAGGAAAGCAAUUGCAAGAAUGAUGAUAGUUGUAGCGAUGAAGAGGAAAGUUGUGGUGGAGAGGAAGAAGAGACUGAAGAUGAAUAUCAUAAUAAAUCUGAAGAGAUUAGUAGUGAUGAAGAAGAGGAUAGUGCGAAAGGAAAUAGCAGUGAUGAGGAAGAGGAAGCAGUAAAUUUAGUAUGGCAAUUAGUAGCUGGCC